AUGGACCCAAAUCCCCGGGCAGCCCUGGAGCGCCAGCAGCUCCGCCUUCGGGAGCGGCAGAAAUUCUUUGAGGACAUUUUACAGCCAGAGACAGAGUUUGUCUUCCCCCUGUCCCACCUGCAUCUCGAGUCGCAGAGACCCCCCAUAGGUAGUAUCUCAUCCAUGGAAGUGAAUGUGGAUGCCCUGGAGCAGGUAGAACUUAUUGACCUUGGGGACCAAGAUGGAGCAGAUGUGUUCUUGCCUUGCGAAGACCCUCCACCAACCCCCCAGACAUCUGGGAUGGACGACCGUCCAGAGGAGCUGGGCCUGCCAACGGCCACGCCAGACAGGACUGCGUCCCGCACCUCAUCCUCGUCUUCCGACGACUCCACCAACCUGCACAGCCCAAAUCCCAGUGACGGCGGAGCGGACACGCCCUUGGCACAGUCUGAUGAGGAAGAGGAUGGGGCCGAUGGGGGGGCAGAGCCUGGAGCUUGCAGCUAGCAGUGGGCGUCCAUGUAUAGACUGAGCGGGCUGGCUCUUCCACACAGGAGACGAGAGGCCCAGCCAGAGCCCUGCGGAGAAGACCAGACUCUUUACUUGCAGCAGGCACUGGGGGGAGGCAAGGAUGGUGGGAUGGUGAGCCUCUCUGGGAAUCAACCCUCCUGCUUUACUGCUAACCUUUCCUGCUGCGACACCCCCCCCCCCCCCCCCCCAGUUUUUGGCUUUGCUCCUGAGGCAGGGCUUGCAGGCGCGGAGAUGGAAGAUGAGGUAGGACAAGAUGCCGCUGCUUUUCCUAGCGCCCCUGCCUCCCCCAGACUAUCCUGCAGUCUUCUGAUAGAGUCUCCUACACCAGUGUCUCUAAGUGGACGUGAACUCCUAGCACUCCCCGUGCUGUGGUACCCCUGCUCCCCCACCCCCUGUUUGGGAACAGGGCACGGAAUAAGUAAUAAACAGAUAAUAAUAUACCAA